GGUUUCCAAUUUGCAAGAUUCAUUUAAUAUCUUCUUCUUUAUUUCUCUAAUCAAGAAAAAGAAGAAGAUAUAAAUGGAAUUGCCUUCUUCUCCAAAGCCAUGCCUUCUUUGGCUCUUCGUCUUCUGUCUUCUCAAUGUUUCCGCCAUUGUCUCGCAGCCAUUAAAACAAGAAGCUGUGCUUUUUGGAGGGAAUUUUCAAGCUUUAUAUGUUAUAGGAGAUUCAUUGGUUGAUUCUGGGAACAAUAAUUAUCUUUCGACUAAAAUCAAAUCGAAUUUUGCACCUUAUGGUUCUGAUUUUGAAGGAGGCAAACCUACCGGCCGUUUUAGCAAUGGCAAAACUAUUGCUGAUUACAUUGCUAUUUAUUAUGGGCUUCCUUUGGCUCCUGCUUACCAAGGAUUAUCAGAAGAAGAAAAGAACAACAUCUCAACUGGUAUUAACUAUGCUUCUGCUGGCUGUGGAAUUUUUCCAGAGACAGGAAAGCAAUUUGGAGAGUGUCUCUCGUUGAGUGUCCAAGUCGAUCUAUUCAAAAAAACUAUCGACGAGAAUAUGAAGAAAAAGUUUAAGACGAAGCCAGAGCUCUAUAAACACUUGGCUGAAUCGUUGUUCAUGACUGCGAUAGGAAUUAACGAUUACGUUUUUUUCUUUAAUAAGACAACCGAUCCAAAUGAAUUCGCAGAGAAACUUCUUCAUGAUUAUUUAACACAAAUUGAGAAAUUGCAAAUAUUAGGAGCAAGGAAAUUCUUCAUCAACAAUCUUAAACCACUAGGAUGUUACCCAAGCAUUAUAGCUCAUACCGUGCCAAGUGGAAGCUGCAACAAUGGUUUAAACCUUGCGAUUUCCAUUUUCAACGCCAAGCUAAGAACAGGACUGACUCAGUUGAAGGAAAAGUUUGCCAACACUUCUUUUUUGUACUCAGAUUACUUCAACUUUAUGUUGGGACUUAGAGGACCUUCAAGCAAUCAAGUUAGCUCAAAUCUCAUGGACUCGACGAGCCCAUGUUGUCCUAGUGUUUAUGAUGGAGGGUACAUCACAAGCUGCAGGCCAAAUUCAAUAGCGUGUAAGGUGCCAGAUUCACAUAUUUUCUUUGAUCCAUUUCAUCCGACUCAGCUGGCGAAUUUCAUGUAUGCGAUUGGGUGUUUCCAGGAGAGAAAAGUUUGCCAAGUUUUGUGAGAUUAAAUGUGUGAUUACUUAAAAGAUAAUAAUAAUUGAUUUCUCCAUGGUGAUGGUAUCAAUGCACUCAACUAAGUGGUGCAAUGUACGUGUUACUCGUUUUUGGCCGAAUCGCUUUAUGGAUCGCUCUAAAAAUCAACACUCUCUUUUUUUUUCUGUUGGUUCCC